GAAGACAAUUACAUCGAAGUGCAGGCCAGAUAGACGACAGAAGACAAUCAACACGAUGACGAUGAUGAAGAACCCCGUCAUUCUGGUGACCUGUGUCGUGCUUUUCUCAUCUCUUGCCGUCCUGGCAUCUCAAGGCGCCUUUGGUCCAGAUGAGUGCUGCUUUAGUUUCAUCUCCACAAAGCUGCCUAAAGACAAGGUGGUGAGCUUCAAAUACACGGCCAAGCAGUGUGCGGUUCCGGGAGUCCUCUUUACGAUGAUGAAUGGCAGGGAACUCUGUGCCGACCCGUCGGUGCAGUGGGUCAAGAAUCUCAUCAAGACCAAAGAGAGGCUGCUCGCUAACUGAGCUGAGCCGAAGUGGCGGUGCAGGGGGGAUUUAUCUUCAUGGCUUUCUCUAUUUUUAUCAAAAAGAUUUUAGCUUAAAAAUAUAUGCAAAAUACAUUGUAACUCCUCAAAUGACUGCCUUUUUAUUAUCCCUUCUUUUGGCUCUUAAAAUGUGUUUUCAAGAUAUGUACUGAAAGCUAUUUUCAAUCCUGUGUGAAAACUGGGUUCUUUUCAUAUUAUUAAA